AUGCAGGCUUCUGUUUUUAAGAGGAAAAGAAAGGAAAGGAGAGGAGUCUCCCACUUGGGAGAAAUCAGGAAGCAGGGACGGCUAGCCAUUGGGAAUUUGGGAGCAUUCCCGAGGGAUGAUAAGGAUUCGGAACUUUUUUUCAUUUUUACAAGUGCACUGAGGAAAGAACAAGAACUUGUUACAGACACAGAUGGAAAAUUAGAAGAAAAAGCUGUGGAUGAUGAUUUUGAUAUAAUUUCUUUAAAGAAACAUCUUUUUCAAGAUAUUUUUAUGGAGCAUCAAAAGAAUAAUAAACUACAAUUUGGCUACGUUUGUGAAAAUCCAAUGCAAUGGGAACAGAGGUUCGAGGAAAAGGAUCUUGCGGAAAAUCGACAUCGUGGAAAGGUGAAAUGGGGAAACAUUGAUGGUAGCUACGGUGAACACUAUUGGGACUUGAAUCAUAAAUGAUAAAUCACCUACGUAUCCUCGUCUUCUGUAACAUCCUUCCUUUUAAUAACGCGGAAACAUGUCUGUGAGUGACGCUGAGACGUAGUACCACAGUAUCGAUCGAGCAUCAAAUUUUUGUUAAAAAUUCAAAGUAAAGAUUAUUUGCGUUAACUUUAAGACGUUCAUUGAAUGAUGACCACUUGAUUAGCGCCAGUGUCGGUCGCCGUGGGGUUUUAGUCAAUAGAAAUUUUACAUUCCCCCGCCGCCCUCUCGCAGGGGUCAGUGGGGGUCUUAUGCAAGAUUUCCCCACGUUAAAAAAAAAAAAUCCUUUACCUCUCCUUUCCUG